AUGGAGUGUUGGGGCUUUUUGUGUGGGUUCAGGUAGAUUUGUAGGUUAAUAUAAUUUGUGCGGAUUAUGAGCGAUCAAGUAGACUGUGAAUUUCCUGUAUGGGGACUAUUACCGAAGAAAGAAACAGGUGUGCAGUCUUUUUUAAAUAAAUUCCCGGAAUAUGACGGGCGAGGAAUUACGAUAGCAAUAUUUGAUUCAGGUGUCGAUCCAGGUGCACCAGGAUUGCAGGUGACUAGUGAAGGAAAGCCUAAAGUGAUUGAACGCUAUGACUGUAGUGGUGCUGGUGAUGUUGACACUUCAGUUGUGGUACGUGCACAGGAUGGCAAGAUACAAGGCGUUACAGGCAGGCAGCUCAAGAUUCCAUCAGCUUGGAAAAACCCAAGUGGUGAUUAUCAUAUAGGAAUUAAAAAUGCUUUCGAUCUGUAUCCUUCCAAACUAAGAGAACGGAUAGAGAAAGAGCGGAAAGAAAAUCUUUGGGAUCACGGACAUAAGGCUGCUGUGUCAAAAGCAACAAGGGAACUACAGGAAUUUGAAGCAAAAAAUACAUCAAAUUUAUCUACAGCAGAUAAAUUGCAGAAAGAGGACUUCGAAGCAAGGGUGGAUGUAUUGACGUCACUUGAUAAAAAAUACAAUGAUGUUGGUCCAGCUUAUGAUUGCAUUGUUUUCCAUGAUGGUGAAAUGUGGAGAGCCUGUUUGGAUACAACUGAAUGUGGAGAUUUGGAAAAGUGCAAAGUGUUGGGGGAAUACAGUAAGACACAAGAGUUUUCAGUGCUCACAAAGUCUGAUCUUCUCAAUUACAGUAUUAACGUGCACAAUGAUGGAAAUACCCUUGAAGUUGUCAGCAUGUGCUCUACCCAUGGAACACAUGUGGCAUCCAUUGCUGCUGCCUAUUUUCCUGAUGAACCAGAAAGGAAUGGUGUAGCACCUGGAGCCCAAAUUGUUUCUUUAACUAUAGGAGACAAUCGCUUGGGCUCUAUGGAGACUGGAACAGCUUUGGUUCGAGCCAUGAUCAAAGUCAUGGAGCGCACACAAAAUAACAAAAUUCACGUAAUAAAUAUGAGCUAUGGAGAGCAUGCUCACUUUUCAAGCUCUGGGAGGAUAGGAGAACUAAUGAAUGAAGUGGUCAAUAAAUAUGGUGUCAUUUGGGUGGCAUCUGCAGGCAAUCAUGGACCUGCCUUAUGUACAAUAGGCACACCUCCAGACAUCAGCACAAGUAUUAUUAUUGGAGUCGGUGCAUAUGUUUCGCCAGAUAUGAUGGUAGCAGAAUACUCACUCCGUGAGAAACAACCGGGUAUGCCAUACACGUGGACAUCGCGGGGACCUACGAUAGAUGGUGAUUUUGGUGUGACCGUCUGUGCUCCUGGUGGUGCAAUCACCUCAGUCCCUAACUUUACCUUAAGGAAUAGCCAGCUGAUGAAUGGGACUAGCAUGGCCUCUCCACAUGUCUGCGGUGCAAUAGCAACAAUUCUGAGUGGUUUAAUGAAGAAAAACAUGUCAUACUCACCAUACAGUGUCAAGAGGGCUUUGGAAAACACAGCAAACUUUCUGGAGAAUGUUGACAAAUUUGCACAAGGGCAUGGACUACUCCAGGUGGAAAAAGCAUUUGACCAUUUAUGUACGUAUCAGGAUCAGCCCGAAAGAGACGUCAGGUUCCAUAUAUCUUGUGGUGUAAACAAUAGCAAAGGAAUUCAUUUACGCUGGGGCAUGCAAGAACGAGUCAAAGAAUUCAAUAUCAAUGUUGAACCAUUUUUCCUAGAUCCUGAUAACAGAGAUCACAAUGACAAAAUUGACUUCCGGAUCAAGUUUGCAGUGACCUGCAGUGAGCCUUGGGUGCAGUUUCCGUCACACUUGGACUUAAUGUAUAUGGCACGAACUUUCAGUGUGAAAAUAGAUCCUACUGGCCUGCCGGAUGGUGUUUUCUUCACAAGUUUGAAGGCAUAUGACAUCAGCUGCACCAGCAAGGGACCAUUAUUUCAAGUACCAAUUACUGUGGUGAAACCACUUCAAAUACCUCGUGAACUGCUUCGCCCAGAAAUGUCUUUUAAAAACAUAUUAUUUAAGCCAAAUACUAUUCAUAGACAUUUUGUAUUGGUGCCUGAUAAAGCAACAUGGGCAGUUAUACGUCUGCAGUCAGUAGAUAAAGAUAAAUCGGGCAGGUUUGUAAUACACUGCCUGCAAUUGCGGCCAAAACUGGUGUGCAAAACACUAGAGUGCCAUAAAGUAGUAAAUGUGACUGCACAGAGCGAGGUUGUCCAAGGCUUUCCUGUUCGGGGAGGUCUCGUGCUGGAAGUGGUGGUUGCCAAGUACUGGGCCAACCUAGGAGAGGUGCCAAUAGAUUACUCUGUUUCCUUCCAUGGUGUGCGACCCGAAUGCCCAGCAAUCACCAUGCAGGCUUCAGAUGGGAUAAUGUCUGUGGAGCUGCAGAGUGGCUUAAGAAAUGAAGAAGUUGCACCUACCAUAUCUUUGAAAAAUUCUGUUCAAGUAUUGAGGCCAAGUGAAUCAAAAGUUACACCUCUGACUUCACGAGAUGUUAUUCCUCCAGCGAGACAAAUCUAUGAGCUGCAGUUAACAUAUAAUUUCCAUAUUGCUAAAGGCACAGAAGUGAUUCCAAACUGUCCAUUGCUGAGUGAUCUCCUCUAUGAAUCAGAGUUUGAGUCACAGUUAUGGAUGCUUUUUGACUGCAAUAAGCAAUUACUGGCAACUGGGGAUGCAUAUCCAAACAAGUAUAUUGUGAAAUUGGAAAAAGGGGAUUAUGUGAUACGGAUGCAUGUACGCCACGAGCGCAAAGACUUACUGGAUAAAAUUACAGAGCUGCCUCUGUUGCUCGUCCAAAAGCUCUCCACACCCAUCAGCUUAGACGUCUAUGCUAGUCAGACACAAGCUACAACUUGUGGGAAGAAGAUGCUGUGUGCCAGUCUACCCCCUAACCAUGUGCUGCCGUUCUACAUAGCUCCACUGCCUGCAGAGAAAGCAACAAAAGGAAUUCCACCUGGACAGUUUUUGACAGGCAGUAUUACAUAUGCCAAAGAUGACAUAGGGAAAAAAGUGGAUUCAUAUCCAUUUAAGUAUGUUCUGAACGAAGCUCCAAAGAAGAGCAACAAAACAACAGAACCAAAGGAAAAGACCAAAGAAGAAGAAUUUGAAGAAGCUGUGAGGGAUGUCAAAACUGCUUGGCUGGCCAAGCUAGACCCUGGAGACAAAGCAAACAGCUUGUAUGAAGAAUUGAAAUCGUCAUACCCAGAUCAUCUACCUGUGUACACAGCAAUGCUCCAAGCACUGGACCCAGCAGAAAACAAAAAACAGCUGCCAAGUCUGGAAUCCAUAGAACAAACAGAGGAAGUUUCCAGAUUAGCACAUAAGGUUCUUGAGAUAUCUGAUAUCAUCAUUAGUAAAAUUGAUGACAUUCAAUUGCUUGCUUAUUUUGGUGCAAAGAAUGAUAACCGUCCAGAUGCAGCAAAAGUUAAAACUGCAAUGGAGCGCCAGAAGCAAGCACUAAUUGAAAGCUUGUACCGCCGAGGUGUUGCUUAUUGCCGCCUGUAUCGAAUUUUGGAGCAUGAUAGCAAGAACAAAGAGGAAUGUAAGGAAGAACUGAGUAAACUUAUAAAUAAUGUGGACGAGGCAUGGCAUUCCCUUCUUAAGUUUACUGACGCAACAGACAGUAAAGUAAUUUACUUUUCAAUGUGGCAUUCUUUUGUCCACCAACACUAUGGAAGAGUUAUGAAGUUGUUACUAAAAUUGACUGAAGAGAAGCCAACUCGUGAACUGGAUGAACGUAUAGUGGAUUUUGCCCGCCUUCUUGGCUGGGAUCAUGUAGUGCAACUCCUGCAGUCAUCACUGCCAGUACGGCACCCACCUUCAUACCGUCCAUUCUGAUGACUUGGCAUUUGUAGCUGUGCAACUCUGGUUAACCUCAAAGCUGACUAGAAAUAAUUUUGAAAUUUUUAUCUAAUCAGUGCAUCUCUUCACAUGGUGUGGAUUGUAUUUAGUUAGGUGUCUCUUCUUCUGACAGCUAAUCAGUACAAACUAAAACUCUUCUUGUCCAGAUCGUUAAUUUGAACUGGGCAUGUGUGGUAGACUGCAACAAAAGUUAUGCCAAUUAAGAAGGGACAAAAUGAACCUGUUACUCUGUUGUGAAAAGAGACUGUGAUAUUAUGUUAUUUUUCAUAUUCUUUUUAAAUGCUUAACCAUAAGUAUUUCUUUUCCAAGACAAUACAGUGUGGAAAAUGCAUACUGAAUUUUUUUUAAACAAAUUGUUUCUUCUCAUCCUACAAGUGGACCUGUCAUAAAAUGAUCCAUGGUAUUAUUAAUUUACAGUGCCUAAAUUUGUUGCUUCUUAUUAAUCACUGAAUAGUGGACACACUUUUUUUAGUCUCAUUUUUUUGUGUGGUGCUACCAUUGAAUUACAUAUUAAGCCAGGAAAAGCAAGCAAAUUCUUAAAGAAGAAACAAAGUCCAUUAGUUUUAUAUAUGGACUUUUAUAGUAGUGGCAAUCAAUUUUUGUUGUAUACUUUUUAUUUUGACUAGAAUUUGCUAAUUAUAAAGGUGAAAUAUUAAUAAAUCAAUAGGUGAGAAAUAAA